AUGACUUCUCAGCCUUCAGACCCUGCCACAUCCAGGCGUUUUACCCCGAAUCUUUCAAACUGUCGAUCGAGGAAAAACAGCCAGGACUUUAGACCUCGAGCUGACUCGAAUUCAUCAAGUGAAGAGCUGUCGACCUUUUGCUUAAAAAACCAAGAUUAUUACUUCGCCAAGCCUCCAGAACUCCGCAAGCACAGCCGCAGCCAAGAUCAGCCAACUUCCCCCUUUGUCCUUUCAAAAAAUUCCGAAUAUUACUUCAGACCAGGAACCGUAUGCGAAGAGAUGGCUAUGGAAGAAGACGACUACUGAGAGCAAGCCAAAGAAAUCGCCUGACAGCAUGGAGGUGUUUGCCUCUCUUCUACUUGUGAAAACCCCCAUUUCAGCCUUGUCUAUCGAUGCCGGAUGGGACAUGUUUGAGAAUCCGCAGAGGUUUUAUUGAGUGGACAAUGAUGCUGAGAAUGUACUAAAAGUCUAGAAAAAGCCAAACUUUUUGCUGAGUCCAAUGGAGGAGAGUGCUUAAAUGAAGAAAUGGACUUGAUGCUGGAAUUUAGAUGUGCCCAAGGACACCAAUGGAGAGCUGAUUACUCUAACUCCCCCCCCCCCCCCUCCGUGAGCGAACAAAACCAUUAGAAAAAUCGCCAUUUUUUGACCAAAAACCCACCCUCCGUGAGUGAACAAAAAAAUUUUUUUUAAUAGAAAAAAUUUUAAUGGAAAAAAAUUUUGAUAUAUAAGUGAUAAUUAGUAUAAUGAAAUCUAGAGCUAAUUCUGUUUAAUUUUAAACAAAUUGCGUUUUAAAAACAUAAAUUUUGCAAAUUAAAUUAAUAUUUGCUUCCCAAUUUUUGCAAAUUUAGGAUUUUUUUAAAUUUCGAAAAAAAUAUUUUUUAUAAAAUUUAUAUAUAAAUUUUUUUUAAAAAAAAAAUUUAACCCCCCUCCGUGAGCGAACAAAAUUUUUUUUGUUCGCUCACGGAGGGGGGGGGGGGGAGUAAGUAUUUAAGCCAGAAGUGAUGCCAGCAAUGCAACUGCACAAGCAGGACCAGCAAAAAGCAGCAGAGACUGCUAGAACAGCAGAAAAUCGAAGAAGAGCAAGCCAAAUUGCAAGAAGAACUGUUUAAAGAAGCAAGACAACAAAUGGAAAGAAAUUUGGACAUGGAGCAUGCUAAGUCGUUAGUAAUGGAAGAACAAAUAGAAAAUGACGCAAGGAUCAUGACUGAAAUGUUUAUGAGUUCCCACUCAGGAGAUUGCAGUUAUGAGCAAGCACUCGCUAUAUACAAAAUUUUGUGUGCUCCAGAAAAUUAUGUAUAUGCAAAGUACUUUUCGAAGAAUUUGGGCGAAGGGAAUGUAAACAGCGCAUAUAGACAGCUUGCUAAAUUAUUGCAUCCUGAUAAGAACAAGCAUCCUUUAGCAGGAGAAGCUUUUCUUAAAGUAUGCAAUGUAUUUAGUACUGUCAAUUUUAGUCAAACAAGCUAA